UAAAUAUGUCUUCUAAACUUCGCCAGGCCUUCCAAAAUGCAAAGGCUCAGAACCGCCCAGCCUUCGUCGCUUUCUUGACUGCUGGUUUCCCCACUCCUAAGCACACCAUCGAAAUCAUGCUUGCCAUGCAGAGAGGUGGUGUUGAUGUCCUCGAGUUGGGCAUUCCCUUCACUGACCCUUUGGCUGAUGGUCCUACAAUCCAAAAUGCCAACGCUAUUGCACUCAAGCAUAACACCGAUAUCGUCCUCUGUCUUGAAUUAGUACGCGAGGCACGCGCUCGUGGAUUCCAUCUCCCUAUUGUCUUCAUGGGUUACUACAAUCCCGUUCUUGCCUACGGAGAGGAGAAGUUGGUUAAGGACUGCACUGAGGCAGGCGUCAACGGUUACAUUCUCGUCGAUCUUCCCCCGGAGGAGUCCCACGAAUUUAGAAACAUCUGUGUAAGCAACGGUCUCUCGCUCGUUCCCCUCAUCGCACCCUCCACCACCGAGGAUCGUAUUGCCCUCCUCGCCACCAUGGCUGACUCUUUCAUGUAUGUUGUCUCGCGUAUGGGUGUCACUGGCGCCACCACCGAGGUCAACACCGAGCUCCCUGCCAUGAUCAAGAAGAUCAAGAAGCACACUCAGAUCCCUCUCGCCGUCGGUUUUGGUGUAUCUACCCGCAGCCACUUUGAGCUUGUUGGCUCCCAUGUCGAGGGUGUAGUUAUCGGUUCCCGCUUCAUUACCCUUGUUAAAGAAGCAUUUGAAAAGAACGAAGACGUUGCCAAGGUCGUCGAGCAGUACGCCGCUGAGGUGUGCGGCCGUAAGCCUGCUGAAUUGGCUGCCAGCACAAAGAGCCCCCAGGCCGAUAUUGAGAUCAACGAUGUUGCUGGGAAGGGUAUCAUUCUUAAGCAAGACAACCCUAUCAAGAACUUUUACGAGCUUGAAACCCGAUAUGGCCAGUUUGGCGGUGCAUAUGUACCCGAAGCUCUCGUAUCCUGUCUUUCCCAGCUCGAGCAUGUCUUUAUCGAAGCCUUGGCUGACCCUAGCUUCCGUGCCGAGUUCGAGUCUUACUAUGAUUACAUGUCCCGUCCCUCCCAGCUCCAGUUCGCCAACCGUCUCACUGAGGAUGCCGGUGGUGCCAAAAUUUGGUUGAAGCGUGAAGAUCUUAACCACACUGGUUCCCACAAGAUCAACAACGCUGUUGGACAAAUCUUGCUUGCCAAGCGUUUGGGCAAGAAACGUAUUAUUGCCGAGACCGGUGCUGGUCAGCAUGGUGUCGCCACUGCCACAGUCUGCGCCAAGUUCAACAUGGAGUGUGUUAUUUAUAUGGGUGAAGAGGAUUGUCGUCGUCAGGGUUUGAAUGUGUUCCGUAUGCGUAUGUUGGGAGCCACUGUUGUUCCUGUCAAGGAUGGUUCCAGAACUCUCAAGGAUGCUAUUAACGAAGCUAUGCGUGACUGGGUUACCAAUGUCGAUACUACUCACUACCUUGUCGGCUCCGCAAUCGGUCCUCAUCCUUUCCCCAUGAUUGUACGUGAGUUCCAGUCUGUGAUCGGUAGAGAGACCCGCUCUCAGAUGUUGGAGAAGGCCGGAAAGCUUCCUGAUGCUGUUGUUGCCUGUGUUGGUGGUGGCUCAAACGCCAUUGGUAUGUUCCAUCCCUUUAUCAAUGACCCUACUGUCCGCAUUGUUGGUGUUGAGGCUGGUGGUGAUGGCAUUGACUCCGAGUUCCACUCUGCUACCCUGACAAAGGGUUCCCCUGGUGUUUUCCACGGCACAAGAACCUACUUAUUGCAGGAUAAGAAGGGUCAAAUCCUCAACACUCACUCUGUCAGUGCUGGUCUUGAUUAUCCCGGUGUUGGUCCUGAACAUGCCCACUUGAAGGAUUCCGGCAGAGCUGAAUAUGUUGUGGCUGACGAUGCCAACGCACUUCUUGGUUUCCGCAAGAUGACACAGCUUGAGGGUGUGAUUCCCGCUCUUGAGACUUCCCAUGCUAUCUAUGCCGCUUACAAAUUGGCCAGCCAACUGCCCAAGGAUCAGGAUAUUGUUAUUUGCUUGUCUGGAAGAGGUGACAAGGACAUGCACACAAUUGUUGAGGUUCUUCCCAAGUUGGGUCCCAAGAUUGAUUGGGAUUUGAGAUUUUAAAUAACUUUUUUUAUUUAUUUUCACUUACCCCCCUCCCUUAUUUCUUGUAUCAUAUAUCCCAUUCUUCCUUUGCUUUUAUGCCAUUCGAAACAAAACCAUCAUUUUCAAAUAAAUUGUAAAAUAUCAAAUAUCACAAAUAAAUCAACCAAAAUAUUAAGGAAAAAAAAAAGUCUUU